GGUGAACUUUGUUAUUCAUAAUAUGUGACGUCAUCAAACAGGUCAUGUGACAGACAUUGAUAUUGACAUCUCGGGAAAAUGACAUCGCAAGUUUUAGGUCUCCCAGCGAGCGAGCCUAAUUCGCGGCUUCUCCGACUGCAGAUUUUGCAAGGCGUUGGACUGGCAAAGAAAGACAUCUUUGGAGCAAGUGACCCGUACGUUUCAGUGCGCCUAAUGCGCACUUCGUCCAGACACAUGGGACAAAUCUGUACAUUUAAAACGGAAACAAGAAAGAAGACGCUCAACCCAAUGUGGAACCAGGAAUUUAUGUUGAGGGUUGAUGAGUCGAAGAAUUCUCUUCUGUUUGAAGUAUUUGAUGAGAACAGACUGACUCGCGAUGAUUUUCUUGGUAAAGUUGAGAUUCCUUUGAGUGGUGCUGGUAUCCAGAAUGAGUUGGAUGGCGGUGGAGCGAAUGUUCCGGAGCAGUCGUUGAAACUUCUGCAAAGAAGUGCUCGUUCACGUGUUAAAGGACAACUUGUUGUCAAGCUGUCAUUUCCAGGAAAUACAGAAACUAGAGCCAACGGACAACCAGCUCAGCAAGCUGUUGAAAACUUGACUGCAGAUUUAGACAACCUGAGGCGUGCUAACUGGGAAGUUAUAGACUUAGAUACGGUGUCUCUGACGAGUGCAGAUGAGCAGCCUUUACCGCAAGGUUGGGAAGAGAGAGUAGAUGCUAAUGGGCGAAGGUUUUAUAUUGAUCAUAGUACUCGGACAACGCAAUGGCAAAGGCCGUUGCCGUCUCAACGUCAUUCCAUUGGCGAAUUUCAGAGAAGACAACGUGAAGAUUUCUUGCGUGUGCUACGAAGGCAUAUCAGUGAAGACACUGAGUCUAGUCAUGUUGUUGUCAGUGAUCUUGAAGAAUCUAGUGAGACCCAUGAAGACAGCACUUCGAAUACAAAUAUAGAAAUGCCUUCUCAUACCAUUGAAAAUGUUGAAGACCAGCCGUUACCAGAAGGUUGGGAGAUGAAAACCUCAGCUCAUGGGAGAGCCUUUUUUAUUAAUCACAACACUAGAACAACAACUUGGGAUGAUCCAAGGAAAAGGAAGAUGCUUGUUAGGCCUAACGCAAGCACUGAGAAACGGCAGUCUUCUAAAGACGAGCAGAUGCAUGAAGCAGUAGGAAAGGACCCGUUUGAUUCAUCUUUAGGACCAUUGCCGGCUGGUUGGGAGAUUCGAAGAAAUGAAAGUAAAGGACGUUAUUUCUUCAUUGACCACAACACACAUUCAACUCAAUGGGAGGAUCCUCGUCUUGUGACCAAAGUCAAGCAAGCAAAGGCCGUAGAAUAUUCAAGAGGGUACAAGCAGAAGUACGACUAUUUGAAGUCACAAAUGAAGAAAACGCAACCUUCGUCUCCUAAUAAAAUUGAUAUUCGCGUGAGAAGAAACUUUAUCUUUGAGGACUCAUAUAACUGCAUCAUGACUUUACCACCAGCAAAGAAACAUCAUCUAAAGACUCGGCUAUGGGUCGAAUUUGUUGGCGAGAAAGGACUCGACUAUGGAGGAGUAGCAAGGGAGUGGUUUUUCUUGUUGUCUAAAGAGAUGUUUAACCCAUAUUAUGGUCUGUUUGAAUACUCAGCGAGUGAUAACUACACGUUACAGAUCAACCCCAACUCCGGUGUGUGCAACGAGCAACAUUUGUCAUACUUUAAGUUUAUAGGAAGAGUUUGUGGAAUGGCCGUGUUUCAUGGCAAGCUAAUCGAUGCAUUUUUUGUGCGACCAUUUUACAAGAUGAUGUUGAAGAAGAAGAUCAGUCUAGCAGACAUGGAGUCUGUGGACUCGGAGUAUUACAACAGCUUGAAAUGGAUUCUAGAGAAUGAUCCGUCGUGUUUGGAUCUUACGUUUUGUGUAGAAGAAGAACUCUUUGGAGAGGUGAAGCAAAGGGAACUGAUACCACGUGGUCAACUCAUACCGGUAACUGAGACUAACAAAAGACAAUAUGUGAAUCUUGUAAUAGAAUGGAGAUUUUCUAAACGUGUUGAAAAGCAAAUGAACGCGUUUCUAGAGGGAUUUCAUGAACUUGUAUCAUUUGAGCUGCUGAAAAUCUUUGAUGAACGAGAAAUCGAAUACUUGUUGUGCGGCCUGGGUGAAUUUGAUAUGGACGACUGGAGAAAAAAUACGGUGUACCGAAAUGGUUAUUCUGACAAACACCCAAUCAUUGUAUGGUACUGGAAGGCUGUUGAUUCUUUUGACGCGGAGCUGCAACAUCGUUUGCUGCAGUUUGUCACAGGGACAUCUCGAGUACCGAUGAAUGGGUUCAGUGAACUAUACGGGAGUAACGGUCCACAGAAGUUUUGUAUUGAGAGGACGGGCAGUCCGGACUCAUUACCGAGAGCUCACACAUGUUUUAAUCGACUAGAUCUACCAGAAUAUCACUCAUAUCAUGUGCUGCGAGAGCGCCUUCGGUUGGCUGUAGAAAACUGUGAAGGUUUUGAAGGUGUGGACUGAUUGUGAGUGAAACGGAGGGUUUGCACUCUAGUUAUAUGCAAACAUAUUAUAAUAUUAUUAUUAUCAUUAUGUAGAUACUUUGGUGACAACACAAAAUAGGUCAUUAGUUUGGAAAUAUUUACAAAAUUUGUUGUUUUUCUUGACUUGUGGUCGGACAGAUAUCAUGUGGCGAGUGUCAAUGUAUUGAUUUUAAUGUACUCUACACUUACAAUUUA